AUGCGAUCCCAGCGUCGAGGCGUGGAAAUUAGGAUCGCAUCCGAGGGGCACCUCCUAGAAGAAUAUCAACAAAUCUGGGAGGAUGAAAAAAUUAUAACAUGCAUAAUCCCAAGUGAGGUUGGGAAGAUGUUUGAUUUCAAAAUAACAAACUUCAUGAACAUAACAGCAGGCAUCUGUUGCUACAUUGAUGGCAUGCCCAUCCAACAGGAUGACAGUUUUGUCUCAAUCUAUGGAGGGGCUAGGAACAUACUUGGCUCACAGCUCUUCCACUUUGAGAGACUCUUGUUCCAAGAAAUGGAAGUGAUAGAUGAACCUGUUGGCCUUGAAGGGCCAGACUUAAGUGCCCUAGGUACCAUUGAGUUUCAUAUUUAUAGGGCUGGAGAGGAUUCAGAUGAUUCAGAUUCCUCAUCUGAUGAUGAGGAAGAUGGUGUUCCUGAUGACUUUGAUUGGUAUGCAGCUCCUAAGCCUAUCACUGAGGACUCAAAGAAGGGGUGGAUGCACUCUGUUGAUGUCAAAUUCAAGCCACAUGUCUCAACAAAUGGACCUGCUGGUGUUGAACUAUGGGAUGAUCUAGAUGACCCACAUUAUAUAUACAAAUUCUUGUAUAGACCAACUACAUAUCUGCAGGCCAAGGGAAUCAUUCCACAGGAGCAACCAGAGGAGGAUCAAGACCAUGAAGCAAGCUCACAGUCUGACAAGGAUGAAGCUGCAGUAGAUGAUGACAGGCUGGAGGGUGAUAAUCAAUUUAUGGAUGCAGAUGCAGAGGAUGACAAGGAUGACAUACAAGACCUACAACAGCUUGAGGGGACUAGGCCCAAGUGA